ACUGUGAGCAACUUCACUUCCUGGGAAUCACUUUUGUCUUGAUCACAGUGUGUUUUACAGAAGAAUUCUGGCUUGGGCCUUUACUUUAUAAGUGGAGAGAGAGAAAGAGACUGCAAUGGCAGUGUCGACAGAAGAGGUACGGGCCCACCCGUUCACUGAUGUGAUCCUGGAUUGUGAAUUCUCCUUUAUAGAGGGCACGGAAAACCUUGAGUUUUACUGGGAAAGAGAAGACAUAAUAGAGGAAUAUGAAGUGGAAGAUCGUGAGUUUUAUCGCUUUUUCAGAUAUUAUGAUUUCUUUCAAGUUUUCACGAAGGUGGUUUAUCAGUUUUACGAUAAUGCAGAGCAACUUGAAGAUCAAAAUGCUUUAUAUGAGGGAAGAGUCUCUGUGGACCCAAGCGAAAUUUCUGAGGGCGUUCUGUCCCUUCAACUACGAAACGUGGAUUUCUCCGACGAAGCUUUGUACAAGUGCUCAGCUGUCACCCCUAACGGGAGAGGAGAGAGUACAGUAAAGCUGGUUGUGGAAGAUUCUGAAAUGCCCCAGGUGAAGUUUGACAAGAUUGACGAUGAAGAUGUGGCUACGUGCACGUCUAAGGGCUGGUACCUCACACCCAAUGUGACCUGGUUGGACCGGGGAGAGAGGGACCUGAGCAACCACAGCACGGUGGAGAUCCUGGAGGAGCAGAUGAACGGCCUGUACCGCGUGUACUCUGUCCUCAGAUAUCCGGUCAAGUUAAAUGAGAAAUACGUGUGCCACAUCUCAGAGACGAAUGAAAACAACCGGCCCAUCAGAUCCAUUCGGCGGUACCCGAAGAAAAGGUUCCGUGACUCUGACUACUAUUAAAACAUUUGAAUGAUCUCUUCCUGAGAACCUGCCAUGCCUGGAGUCAGUGGAAUUCCUGUUUUUUCUUCUGACACUGACUGAUCAAAAACUUAAAACAAAACAAAACACCCACAAAAACAAGGGGGUAAUCAGUCUGGAGUGUUAAAUAGUACCAGAGUCUUGCUUCAUCUCUGUUUUUAUCUUUUGUUUAAAGAUUUGUUGUAGUUAACCUCGCUCUUCCAACAUGUUAAACUCUGAGUAAAAUUCAGAGGUCUUAAGUGCAAAAUGAAAGAAGAUUAAAAUCCUUUGUGUCACGUG